AUGGCAUCACCAGAAACCCCAGAAUGGGUCCAAAAGUUCGAAACCCUCCAACUCCACGCCGGUCAAGCCCCCGACCCAGCAACCAAGUCGCGCGCCGUGCCCAUCUACCAGACCACCUCCUUCACCUUCGACGACAGCGCCCAUGGCGCGCGCCUCUUCGGCCUGAAGGAGUUCGGCAACAUUUACAGCCGCAUCAUGAACCCGACCGUUGACGUGCUCGAGAAGCGCAUCGCUGCCCUCGAAGGCGGCGUAGCUGCUCUGGCUGCAUCCUCAGGCCAGGCUGCCCAAUUCAUGGCCAUCAGCGCGCUGGCGCACGCGGGGGACAACAUCGUCAGCACGAGCAACUUGUAUGGUGGAACUUACAACCAGUUCAAGGUGUUCCUGCCGCGGUUGGGCGUUGAGACGAAGUUCUUGAAGCAGGAUACGCCUGAGGAGCUGGAGGCGGCGAUCGAUGACAAGACCAAGGCGGUGUAUGUCGAAACAAUUGGGAAUCCGCGAUACAAUGUUCCCGACUUUGAGAAAAUUGCGGAAGUAGCGCACAAGCACGGUGUGCCUGUUGUCGUGGACAAUACCUUUGGCGCCGGCGGGUACUUUUGCCAGCCGAUUAAGUGGGGUGCGGAUAUCGUCGUACACAGCACGACCAAGUGGAUCGGUGGCCAUGGGACCAGCAUUGGCGGGAUGGUGGUGGAUAGUGGGAAGUUCGACUGGGCGAAGAAUGCGAAGCGAUUUCCGCAGUUCAAUGAUCCGAGUCCGGGGUAUCAUGGGUUGAAGUUUGUCGAUACGUUUGGGGCGAUUGCGUUUAUCAUUCGACUCAGGGUGGAGGUGCUGAGAGAUUUGGGGAGCUGUAUGAGUCCGUUCAAUGCGCAGCAGUUCUUGAUUGGGACGGAGACGUUGAGUUUGAGGUGUGAGCGGAUCGCGGAGAAUGCGUUGAAGUUGGCGAAGUGGCUGGAGGGGAAUAAGCAUGUUAGUUGGGUGAGCUAUCCGGGGUUGGAGAGUCAUAAGAGUCAUGGACUGGCGAAGAAGUAUUUGCCACGGGGAUUUGGAGGAGUGCUAUCUUUUGGAGUCAAGGGAGGAGGCGCGGCGGGCAGCGAGAUUGUCGACAACUUCGAGUUGAUCUCGAAUCUGGCCAACGUCGGCGACGGCAAGACCUUGGCGAUCCACCCGUGGAACACAACCCACGAGCAGCUUUCGGAGGAGGAGAGGAUCGAUUCUGGUGUAACGGAAGACCUGAUCCGCAUCUCGGUUGGGUACGAGCAUAUCGAUGACAUUAUCCACGACUUCGAGCAGUCGUUCAAGAAGAGCGCUGCUGCCAAAACAAGUGGUGGUAACGCGAAGAACGCUGAGGCGGAGGGCAAGUCGGGCGAUGCUGGUCUCAGUGGGGCUACCUGA